AUGGAUUACGCCAGCGCCAUUAGACAACAAUCAGAAGAUCUACAGGAUGAAUUGAGGGAAUUAAACCGCUGGGAGGAAGAGGUGCGGCGACGAGAGGAGGCAAACAAAAAGAGAGGGGUGCAUUCGGCAAACAGCGAUGCAGUGCCACCUAUCAGGGGGACCGUGCCCUCACUAAAAGAGGCUGUGUUAAGGUCCGGUGGGAAGGUCUCGGGAGAGGAUCCGGUGAAAAAUGCGAAGGAGACAGGCAAUACCUUUUUUCAGUCCGGAAAAUUUAAGGAAGCCAUUGAGGCAUACACCACAGGAAUUGACCUCGAUCCUGAGGGGACUGUGGCGCAUGUACUGUAUGGAAAUCGGUCACUUUGCUAUUUAAAGCUGGAGCGAUGGGAGGAAGCCGAACGUGACGCCUCCGCUUGUCUUCGACUGAAUCAUAGUAACCCAAAAGGGUACUUUCGUCGGGCCAUGGCGCGAAAGCGGCUUGGGAACUUGAAGGGGGCACGCACCGAUCUUGAGGCUGUUCUUGCGCUUAGUCCAAAUGACGCCAGCGCCACUAGUGAAAUUAAGACAAUAACGCAUAUGCUACAACUUGAGCGAGAGAAAGCUGGUCCUGUCGUGAAGAAGAAGGUCCUUAUUAUGGAAGUCGAUGAUGAUGAUGAUGAAGAGGAAGAAGGGAAGAACACGGAAGAAAAAAGUAAGGAAGAGGCUGACUCUACACAUAAAGGGGGCAGCAAUGGGAAUGACACCUCUGAAACGCAACGAAAAGAAAACAUGCAAAAAGAGAUGCAAGCACUUGAAAUUGCCCGGGAGAAGCAACGCAAACUCAAAGAAGCCAAAGCAAAGGAGGAGGAAGCAAAGUUGAGCCAGAAGCGACGGACAUGUGCACGGGUGGAAGUUAUUGAAGAGGAGCCUGUUGAGGUAAAGGCUGAGGGUUCAGUCUCAGUAGCAAAGAUGGUGGAGGAAAGGGCGACAGCGAAAGACGUUGACCGAGCUGAGUCAAGGGUACCCGCGUCAAAGUCAACUGGGGAGGGACGUGAACCGCGGAACCUCGCCCCACGCACCGUGAGGACGUCGUCCAGGCUCUCGAAGGAGACGCUAAAGGCACCAAAGUCCUUUACAGAGUUUGAACGGGUCUUUACGGAUAUCAGAGGUAAUGAGGAACUCUGCUGCUAUUACCUUUCUUUGAUUCCUCCGGCAAAUCUUCGCACCUUAUUUGGAAACAAUAUGACACCAGAUAUUCUUCUUGGGCUAUUGUCUACUGUGAAACAGCUCCCAGGCAAUGUUGCACUUGCCUUUCUUCAAGGAUUAUGCACGGUUAAACGGGUCGAGGAUAUCGCGCUUUUCUUUGACAGUUCGGAAAAGAGAGUGGUUGAGGAGGUCCUCGACGUGGUUCGCUCUUGUGGCGCCUCUGAAAAGGACAUGAGUCUAUUUCGGGAACGCCUACGGGUGAUGUAA